AUGUCCAUGGAGGCCGAUCCCCUGCCGCUGCUUGUGGCCAGGCCUGGCAUGGUCAACGAGUCAGCGCCCAUGCCUGCCAUGGUCAAUAAGACAGGGAGGCCAGCACUCCCAGCCAUGGAGGGCAUUCCUCUGUCACUGCCAAGGGAGAGGAAAUGGAAGUUAUGCCAUCUGACCAUCAAAUACAAAGCUGGCAAACAUGACUUCACUAUUUGUCCGUCGGAAGAGAAGCAGCGCCUCGACAUCGUAAUAACAGAGUGCAAACGUCUGCUAAAUGAAGAGAGUGCUGGGAAGAGAAGGCAGCUGCAGGCACUGUUGGAGAAGCGUGAACUGGAACAGCAGCAGGUCCAUGUCCAGCUGGAAGAGGCUCAGGGUCUGCUAAUGGCCAUGAGGGCAGAGACAGAUGACUGGAAGAUGAAUUCAGAACUGAAAAAUAUCACACAGAUAACCUGCGAGCACAGCUGCAGUGUGGACAUACAGAACGAGAACUGCUUGACCAAUCAGACUGAACACCUCAAAGUGGAUAAUCGGCAGCUGAGGGCCGCAUUGAGACAAUCAGAGCUCAGACUCAGUGCAGUGCAGAGCGAGAAGGUGUGUCAGCAUGCUGCUCUCUCUGACAAGAUCUGCAGUGUUCAUCAGCUCACUAUAGAGAAACAGCAGGUGACAACUGAGCUGGGAGUUCGCUGUAUGCAGCUUUCCCAACUGAAAGAGGAGCAGGAUGCUUUGAAAGAGCUUCUCAGCAGUAGGACUGGUGAACUGGAACAACAGAACCUUAAACUCAAGACCCAGCUGAAGACUGUACAGACUGAGCUGACCCAGGCCAGGAGUUUCUUGGGAAUACAGGAGAGGGCUGAAGGACAUGGGACAUACAGUUUUAAGGUUGCUCUGGGGAUGCAGAAACAACUCACUGCAAAAAGGAAGCACAUUGACUUCUUGGAAGGCCAAAUUCAGCUUCUUGAGGAGACUGUAGAGAAGCUCAAACUGGAGAAGCAUCAGCGAGCAUUAGAGGUUAAAAGGCAGACACAAGAGCUGGUGUUGGAGAGGACAGGCAGGAGAAGGCUAGAGACUGAGAUGGAGGCUCUCCGCUCACAAGAGAGAGAACUCAAAGGGAAAGCAGAGAGACUGGAGGCAGCUUUAUACAAGAUGUCUGAAAGUUUUGCUGAAUGCCAAAAUUGUAUUCAGAAGCAGGAACAAUAUCUUAUUAGGCUAAAGCUGCAACAUGCUUUAGAUAUGAAGGAGUUGCAGAGCCAGAAUCUGCGCAAUGUCUCGAGAUCUCCAGUCAGCAGCUGUACCCCACAGACUCAUCUUGUCCUCACUCAGCACAAUGUUAAUGCCCAAAUGGAGCUUGGAGUCAGCGAUCCCAUUGUGGAGCUGAGGAGUUUCAUAAGAGAGCUGCAUGGUGGGAUUGAUGAAGAGCAUGGACCACAAAUUAGCACAGGCUUUGGGACGAGAUCUGAGGAAAACCACAAAUCUAGAGUAAUAAAAAAAAAAGAAUAUGCUGAAGGUACCACAAGCCCGACAGGGAAAAUAACCAGUCACAAAGAGCCAAGCUUUGGAACUGCUGAAUCUGUUAAGCAGAAUUGCAAGAGCGAUUUUUCAGCACACAAUAAUGGAUUAGGUUUUAGAACAGGCCGGUCUGCUCAUGCAGCGGGAUGCAGGUCUCCUGUACAUGCUCUCCUCACCUCUGAUCUUCCCUCUGAAAGAAACUAUAAGCUGAAGACAGAGCACUCUGCCAACAUUAAACAGAUAUCUGCCAAUAACCAAGAGGAGCUCACAGUAGGACAGACAUCUAAGAAAAGACAGCACAAGCGUGACAGGUGUUAGAACCUGGUGGAGGAUCCUGAAAUGUCUUCUAAAUGGCCAAGAAAAAAGGAUGGAAAUGUACUUAUAUGCCCAAAUCUUGAUGAAGUGUAACACUAAUCAUUGUAUUUUGUUUUUA